CAGUACAGUACGUGCUGGGUGGAGCUGGACACCCGACGGCACUCGGGAAGUCACCUCGGCUGAAGUUGAUUGCUUUCCAACCCUCAAGCUUCCCCACGUUCAGGUCUUGUACCUUUUAUUUGGCGGCAACUACGAGUACGCAUACGCAUACGUAUACCUAAACAAGUACAGGUUUUUCUGCACUGUACAACAGUCGACAUCAUUCCUUGUAUCUAGAGAAAAGCCUUGGUAUUUUCAGCAUCUCCCAUAGCCUCAUCCGCGGUGUGGCAACUGCGAUUUAUUUGCCCACAAUACUGGUACCGACAACGCAACAACCCAUCUCCCACUAGGCCACCCGCGUAUACAAAGCAGGACGAUCAUGUCUUUCCUAGGGGGUGCCGAGUGCUCGACAGCUGGAAAUCCUCUCAGUCAGUUUACCAAGCAUACACAAGAUGAUAAGAGUCUACAGAGAGAUCGGCUGGUUGGGAGGGGACCAGGACCGAGUAUGCAGGGCAUGCGAAGUACGAAUGGAAUGAAUAUGGCUGGAAGUCAGGAUAAUGUGAGUGGCAGUGGUUGCUAGUUUUCUCCUGGGCCCCUUUCAGGUAUGCCAGAGGUACAAUAAGUACUGAUACAACCUCGCAGAUGAUGAACGAGUUCAUACAACAAAAUGGUCAAAUGCCCGAAGCCUUCGCCAUGCAGCACGAUUUACACCAAAAUCCACUCAUGCGUGCGGGCUCAGCUUCACCGGGUAUAGGGAACUGGGCACAGGAGUUCACGCCGGGGAUGGAGGACCAGGCACGAAUGGAAGCUGCUUUUCAAGCUCCAAAGGGGGCCGCCUUUAGCAAGGCAGAUUUCGCAAGAUUUCAACAGAUGGGCAAGGGAGCUGCUGCGAGAACAGCAAGUCCAUUAUCACAACAAAACCAAGGCUUUCAAAGACCCAUGGGAAUGGGAAUGGGUGGAAUGGGUAUGAUGAAUGGCAUGGGUGGUAUGGGUAUGGGAAUGGGUAUGGGUAUGAUGAAUAGGACGCAGUUUCAAGGCCCCCAGGACCUGCAACAACAAGACAAGGGAAAAGGGAAGAUGAUAGAGUUGGAUGAUGAGCACUGGGAGGAGCAGUUCAAGCAGAUUGAUCUUCAAGGUCAAGAACUAGACGAGAGUAUGGCUGGCGAAGCAGAGUUGGAUCAAAUGGAUAGGUCAGUCCUCGAAUCUGAAACCAAUGAAUUUGGUGAUUUUGAGUCUAUCUGGAAAGGUAUACAAGCUGAACAAGCGGCCGCUAGGGAAAUGGUUGCCGAAGAAGAACUCGCCAAUGGAAUCUGGGGACAUAUGGGCGGCGAAGGCGACCACUGGGAUGAUUUCGACGGUCUACGAACUCAUUCCGCACCAUUCCGAGACCCCCACCUGGGAGACUACCUAUUCGAGGAGGAGAAUCCUUUCAAGGAGCUUGCGAAUCCUUUUGAGGAAGGUGUGCGGAUAAUGCACGAGGGAGGAAACCUCUCACUGGCAGCACUAGCAUUCGAAGCUGCAGUACAAAAAGACUCGCAACAUCUCGAUGCGUGGGUACUUCUUGGAUCAGCACAAGCACAAAAUGAAAAGGAGAGUCCGGCCAUUCGGGCUUUGGAGCAAGCAAUGAAUGUGGACCCAAAUAAUCUUACGGCACUAAUGGCGCUGGCCGUCAGUUACACUAACGAGGGUUAUGAUAGUACUGCCUACCGGACCCUAGAACGUUGGCUAUCAAUCAAAUACCCGUCCAUCAUCUCUCCGUCAGACCUUUCAUCGGAUGCAGAAGUGGGUUUUACAGACCGACAUCUGCUACAUGAAAAGGUUACCGAACACUUCAUUCGUGCAGCACAACUAUCACCAGAUGGCGAACAUAUGGACCCAGAUGUUCAAGUUGGUCUUGGUGUCUUAUUUUAUGGUGCUGAAGAGUAUGAUAAAGCCGUGGACUGUUUCUCAGCUGCUUUGGCAAGUACGGAGUCUGGCACCACCAACCAAAGAGAACAAGUCCACCUUCUCUGGAACCGUCUAGGCGCCACACUCGCCAAUUCAGGCCGUUCAGAAGAAGCCAUCGCUGCCUACGAGAAAGCACUUACUCUCCGAACCAAUUUCGUUCGAGCCCGAUACAAUCUUGGUGUUUCUUGUAUUAAUAUUGGAUGCUACGAAGAAGCGGCUUCUCAUCUCCUCGGUGCGUUAGCUAUGCAUAAGGUUGUUGAGAAAGAGGGCCGCGAGAAGGCGAGGGAUUUGCUGGAUGGGAAUGGGAAUAUUAGUGAGGCGGAUCUGGAGAAGAUGGUUACGCAGAAUCAGAGUACCAAUCUUUAUGAUACUUUGAGGAGGGUAUUUAGUCAGAUGGGACGAAGGGAUUUGGCGGAGCGCGUGGUGGUGGGGAUGGAUGUCGAGAGUUUUAGGGGUGAUUUUGAUUUUUAG